AUUCUUCCGGUCCGGAAAGCCCUUUACCAUCAUUACUUGUUAAAGGGCACGGGGGCGGACCCGCAGCUCUCCAAAGAGUCCGAUGAUGAGCGGCAGCGUGGCGGUCCACCGCGGCGGCCUCGGUUUUCCGGCGAGGGGAGGAGGAGGAGGGGAAGAGAGGAGGAAGCGGGGCGAAGACGAAGACGAUGAGGAAGAGGAGGAGGAGAAUGGUGGGCGGGGGAUGGAAGCGUGGGAGCGGGCCUACGCCGACGAGCGCUCGUGGGAGGCGCUCCAGGAGGACGAGUCCGGUCUCCUCCGUCCCAUCGACACGAAGACCCUCGUCCACGCCCAGUACCGCCGCCGCCUCCUCCAAUCCAAUGCUGCCUCCUUCACCGCCCCCCGGAUCCAGAAGGGCCUCAUCCGGUACCUCUACGUCGUCAUCGACCUCUCCCGAGCAGCUUCAGAGACAGAUUUUCGCACUAGUCGGAUGGUUGUGGUUUCAAAAUGUGUUGAAGCAUUCAUUAGGGAGUUCUUUGAUCAAAAUCCAUUGAGUCAUAUUGGUAUUGUCACCAUAAAAGAUGGUGUUGCCCAGCGCCUAACUGAUUUAGGUGGCAGCCCAGAUUCACAGAUUAAAUCCUUACUUGGCAAGCUUGAAUGUUCCGGUGAUGCUUCCUUGCAGAAUGCCUUAGAUCUUGUCCAUGGAUAUCUGAGCCAGAUCCCAUCAUAUGGUCACCGGGAAGUCUUAGUCUUGUACUCUGCUCUCAAUACCUGUGAUCCAGGAGAUAUAAUGGAGACAAUCCUGGAAUGCAAGAAAGCUAAAAUAAGGUGCUCUGUUAUUGGCCUAUCAGCAGAAAUUUACACAUGUAAGCAUCUUUCUGAGGAGACUGGGGGUUCAUAUACUGUGGCCUUGGAUGAGUCGCAUUUUAAGGAAUUGUUACUGGAGCAUGCCCUGCCACCCCCUGCAAUAGCAGAAUAUGCAGCUGCCAAUUUGAUCAAGAUGGGUUUCCCUCAGAGAGGAGCAGAAGGUAUUAUCUCUAUUUGUUCUUGUCACAAAGAAGCAAAAAUUGGUGGGGGCUACACCUGCCCACGGUGCAAGGCACGUGUUUGUGAGCUACCUAAUGAAUGUCGGGUUUGUGGAUUGACGCUUGUGUCUUCACCUCAUCUAGCAAGAUCUUAUCAUCAUCUUUUUCCAGUGACACCAUUCAAUGAGGUGUCUUCCAUGAUUCCAAGUAAAUUGGGUCAGAUGUUACCACAAACUUGUUAUGGUUGCCAGCAGAGCCUUGUGAGCCAUGGAAGCAAAUCCAAUUUCCAUGUUUCCUGUCCGAAAUGCAAUCAACACUUCUGUCUUGACUGUGAUAUCUAUAUCCAUGAAAGCUUGCACAAUUGCCCUGGUUGUGAAAGCCAGCGGGGCUUGAGUGCAUAACAGUUGCAUUUUCAGCGAUGUUGACAAUUGUUGCCUUGGUUAAUGGAUGGGUUAAGAAGAAUUCCAUUUCUUUGCUGGGCUUUCACAGUGCAGUGUAUUUGAUCUCACCAUGCUGCUUGAUGCCAGAUUCAUGGAGCUGGUAGAAACUCCAAUUUGCUUCAACCACCUAUAUAUUGUUGCAGGAUGGCUGUGGUUUGUUAUCGAUGUGCGUGCAGCUCAAAUUUGAGAAUCGACAACAUACAAACAAUCCUAGUGCUUAUCCGUCUUUGCUGAUGCUCAUAAAGUUCAAAUUUGAGGUUCUACAAAGUCAUGUUGCUGACUUCCAUGAGCUAGAAGACCGAGCAGGAAUUUUUGUUUUGAUUUAUCUUGAACCUCCAUAUGUAAAGAUAAUCCGGAAACCUUACAUCACAUUCCUUAUUGACAGGAUUGUGACCAAAGAGCUAUGCUUCUAGCGUGUCUGCAUCCCCUAGCUUUUGUUUUAUAUUCUUUUGUUUCUGAGAGAAUUGAGAUGCGUGUGUUCGUUAAAGAAGAGUGUAUUUGAAAAGGUGUGGCUCAUGGUCUCAUGCUCAAUGUGGCAGGAGCAUCCUGUCAUAUUUUGGUAAUUAAUUACAGGAAACACUAUAGCCAAUCAAAAGUUGAAUAAUUAGUAAAUUAUGUUUCAUC